GCUUCCUAUCGCAUCAUUUCUCCGAUCGAACCCUAGUCUUCGAAGGAAAGGAAAUUCAACUGCCGGAGCAACCGCCGCCGCAGCCAUGGCGAUCCGACAUCUAAUCAAGCUCUCCCGCCGGUCCCGAAGGCCAUUGCACGCUUUUGCACCUCUAUCCACUGCGGUCGCCACAUCGGAGGCCCCCCCCCUCCCUUCGCCCCCGCCUCCAAACGCCAUGAUCUACGAUCGAUUGGCGGAAUCGGUUAAGCACAAGCUCAAACAGCUGGAAAAUCCUGACCCGCGCUUCCUCAGGUACAACUCCCCGCAUCCUGCCGUCGGUUCGCACACCGAUAUCCUAUCCGCUCCAGCGACGCGAGUCACCACUCUCCCCAACGGCCUCCGAAUCGCCACCGAGUCGACUCUCGCGUCGAAGACCGCCACCGUCGGCGUCUUCAUCGAUGCUGGAUCGAGAUUUGAGAGCGAGGAAUCGAACGGUACCGCGCACUUUUUGGAACAUAUGAUAUUCAAGGGGACCGAGAAGAGGACCGCGAGGGGAUUGGAGGAGGAGAUUGAGAAUAUGGGCGGGCAUUUGAAUGCUUAUACUUCUCGGGAGCAGACGACGUAUUACGCAAAGGUCAUGGACAAGGAUGUGCCCCGUGCGCUCGAUAUUUUAUCUGAUAUUCUUCAGAAUUCCAAGUUUGAGGAACCGAGGAUUAUUCGGGAGAGAGAUGUGAUUCUCCGCGAGAUGGAGGAGGUUGAAGGACAAACAGAAGAAGUUAUAUUUGACCACCUGCAUGCCACUGCUUUUCAAUAUACUCCUCUGGGCAGAACAAUUCUUGGACCUGCCGAAAAUAUCAAGAAAAUCGGCAAAGAGCAUCUAAGAAACUACAUUUCAACUCACUACACUGCUCCCAGAACGGUGAUCGUUGGCUCUGGUGCUGUUAAGCAUGAAGAGUUUGUUGAGGAAGUGAAGAAACUAUUCACAAAGCUAUCAUCAAACCCAACGACCACUUCUGAGUUAGUUGCUAAAGAACCUUCGAGCUUUACUGGUUCAGAGGUUAGGAUGGUCGAUGAUGACAUUCCUCUCGCCCAAUUCGCCGUUGCUUUUGAAGGGGCUUCUUGGACGGAUCCCGAUUCAAUAGCUUUAAUGGUUAUGCAGUCGAUGUUAGGAUCUUGGAAUAAAAAUGCUGGUGGUGGAAAACACAUGGGUUCUGAGCUUGCCCAGAAGGUUGGGAUCAAUGAAAUUGCAGAGAGCAUGAUGGCUUUCAAUACCAAUUAUAAAGACACCGGUUUAUUCGGUGUGUAUGCUGUUGCUAAGCCCGAUUGUUUGGAUGAUCUGUCCUACGCCAUUAUGUAUGAAAUUACCAAAUUGUGCUACCGAGUGUCAGAGGCUGACGUGAUUAGAGCUCGCAACCAGUUGAAAUCCUCACUUCUGCUCCACAUUGACGGGACCAGUCCCAUUGCUGAAGAUAUCGGCCGCCAGCUGAUAACAUAUGGGAGAAGGAUUCCGUAUGCCGAACUAUUCUCCCGGAUUGAUGCCGUGGAUACCAGCACCAUCAAGCGCGUCGCAAACCGCUUCAUAUUUGAUAGAGUAAGACGUGGCGAUCAGCGCCAUCGGACCCAUUCAGGGCCUGCCCGACUACAACUGGUUCAGACGCAGAACCUACUGGCUCCGGUACUAAGCUCCUUCAUUUUCAGGUUCCUCCUCACUGCCCUUCUCAGGAAGCACAGUUUUCCAUUUUUAUCUAUUUCCGUUCCUGUGUAAGUUUUUUUGUCUAAAAUAAUACACUAUUUAAAAGCUGUAGUAGUGAACAUGGAUGUGUUAUUCAAUUUGGGACACAGAAAUAACUUAUGUCCUGUUUCCAGACAAUAUACUCUUUCUUCAAUCUGUCUCUCUUCUUGGAAGAACUCCUAAGCUCUUGUCUGUAUCUUCCCACUGUGAAAUCAAUCAAUAAACCCUUUUGGUUC